UUCUCAGAAAACAUGUCUGCUCUUCGUGGAGUUGAGCGUGUCCUGGCGAAAUGUCAGUCUUGUGUCGAUGCUGGGCAGUUCUACGAAGCUCAUCAAAUGUACAGAACUGUGUAUUUUAGGUACAAUUCUCAACAGAAAUAUGCUGAAGCCAUUAAUUUGCUCUAUACAGGAGCUAGUACUUUGUUGCAACAAAAUCAGCAUACAAGUGGGGCUGAUUUGGCAAUGUUGCUAUUAGAAGUUCUUGACAAAUCAACAGCUCCUGUUAAUAGAGAAAAUAUUGAUAAAAUUGUGAAACUUUUCAAGAUUAUGGACCCAGAAAGUCACGAGAGAUACACUUUCCUUACAACAGCUGUGCACUGGUCCAAAAAAGCAGAAGGCAAAUUCAAAAGAGGUCAUCCAGAAUUACAUCAAAAAUUUGGUGUUAUGUUUUGGGAGGAGAGAAAUUAUGUACAAGCUCGUUAUCAUUAUCUUCAUUCAUGUGAUGGUAAAGGAUGUGCUACAAUGUUAAUAGAAUAUCACUCUGUACGUGGUUAUGCAUCAGAAGCUGAUAUGUUUAUAACACAAGCAGUUCUACAGUAUCUAUGCCUUCAGAAUAAAGAAACAGCCAACGAAGUUUUCACCACCUACACAAGAAAUCAUCCAGCAAUAGAGAAGGGACCACCUUAUGUUAAACCAUUGCUCAACUUUCUAUCUUUCCUACUGUUAGCACUAGAAGGUGGAAAGUUACCUGUGUUUUCUAUAUUAUGUGACAAAUAUGAAGCAUCAUUAAACAGAGAUCCAAGUUAUAAAGAGUAUUUGGAUAAAAUAGGUCAGUUGUUUUUUGGAUUACCUCCACCACAAGCAACAAAUCAAGGAAUAUUUGGUAAUUUACUACAGAGUUUAAUGAAUCAAGCUGAAGAUAGUGAUGAUGAUAUGUCAUUAGAGAGUAGCCAAUAUACUGAGAGACGGGCUGAAAAUCCUCUUGAAUUGGAUUGACCAUUUGCAAUAUAUAACAUAAUAUUUGUCAAGAAAAAGUUAUUCCGAGACAAAACAUGUCUUGUUAUAAUAUUUAUUUAUCAUUAUAUCAAAUAAAGAAUAACUAACUAUUAAACAUUUUCUUUGUUGAACACAUAUACCAUUUACACUGCUAUUUUUCAGUCAAAGUGACAUUAAAUUAUUAGUAUUGUAGUUUUAGUGAGUUACAUUUGGUUCUUAUCUGAUUGCCGUAUGUGAGAUACAGUAUAUCUACAAUGUACAUAGGGAAUGUUGUCAUACUGUACUAUGUGUCAUAUUCUCGGGAUCAUAGAAAGGGGAUUUACGUUUCUUCUGACAUAUGCUUAGUAAGAUUGAUGUAUUUAAAAAGGAAAUAUAACUGCAUAUGUAAGAGUGAAAUGAAAUGUUUCUGUGCUUAUGUUUUUUGGAUACCAUCUUCUGUAGAAAUAUGAACCAACAAUUAUGGCCAGGAGCAGGACAUUUGGCAAGAGGAAUUUAACUAUACUACAUGCAUAAAUGUUUUAAAAAAUUGCAUAUUUUCCAACUCAUAACAGUUACGCAUUAUUGGUAAAUUAUAAAUGCAAGUUUCUAUAGUCCAUGGGGGGUUGGGUGGCCGAAUGGUUAGCAUGCUCGUGCUGUAUCAUAAGGCCUGUCAUUGAGUCAACUGGCGUGGUUUCGAAUCCCCGGUUGUACGUGACAAGGAGUAGGGUCGCCUGUCCAACCUCGUGGGUUUUCUCCGGGUCCUCCGGUUUCCUCCCAAUGCUAAAGACCCCUACGCGCAAGCGAAUUAUUGAAAUAAAAUUAAACCAUAUGUUAGUCCCGAAAUGACCUAGUUUGUGUCGAGUGGACUUUAAACCCCAUUUCUCUCUCUCUCUAUAGUCCAUAUCUAUAUUACUUUGUAUUAUGUCAAUAUGUACUUCUAAAUAUAGUUUAAUGUACUCAAGUUGAAUUAUUGCUCUCUCUUUAUUAUUUUGUCUUUAUAUUGUAAGAUUUUCAUUGAAUAACAGGGUGAUUGUUUUAUUAUAGUUCAGUAUAUUUCAUAAUUCGAUUAUAUUGCUCCUUUUUUUAAAAAAAAAACCAAGGUACAAUACAUUAUUAAAGUAUUAAUUGAUAUUUGUGGCUUAUUGAGUGCUUUUUUGUAUUCAUCUGUAAUUUAUUUUAUUGUAAUAAAGUUUAAUAAGUAUAGUAGACUGUAAUUAUAUUAUUAGUAACAACUUAGUGGUUAAACACAGAUUAUAUAAGUUUAUAAUGCCAUGCUCUAAGCAAAGUGGUCUCAAAUUAAGCAAAUUGUAAGAUAAGACAUUUCCGUCUGUGAUGUAUUUCGAAGUAAGUUUUCCCAAAUUUAAUGUAAUUAUUAAUCUUUGCAUUCUUUCUCAAAUAAUUUUUAAAAAAUAAUAUAAGUAUUUAUUGUACUUUGUGAAUUUAUCAAAGUGCCUUGUUUUUGAUUUUCAUUGACUAUAUAUUAAUUCAUCUUUAUGAUAUAGAAGUUUAUGGAUGAAAUAGGAGAAAAGCAUAAUGAAAUGGUUAUUGAAUGAUGAUAAAUGUAUUGAGAAGCUAGCUAGCUACUUAUGUAAACUUGACCUAUGCAAAUAUUUCAAUGUAUUUAAAUUGUAAAUAUUUAUUUUCUAAAUAAGACUGUGUAAAAGUUUUUUUGUGUGUUUCAUUUAAGGUGUUGAUGUUCUUAUUCACUGGUUGAUUUAUCAAAUUUGAUCUGUAUGAUAAGUGUUGUACACAUUACAUUUAAUUAUCAGUAAAUAUGGUUAUAAAUUAAUUUAAUAACAUAUGCACUACAUGUACCAUUGCCUAUCUGGAUUUUUUAUUUAGUUCAGCUUGUCAUUAAAGCUGCUGGUCCUUGUUUGCAUUUUUUGACCAGGAACUGGUUGCUAACAGCCACUUCAUCUUGUUUUUCUUCUUGGGGUGAUGCUGUCCGAUCAAUAUGAAAAUUGGCAUACAACUUCUUUAAAAAUUCUGCAACGAUUUGGUGAAUUAGAUUUUUGAAUUUCAUCCAACAACAUGGUCAAUUCCUGGUCCAUAGUACGAUAGUACUUGUUACGAUUAUAUCUGAUAAUAUCUACGGCUUAAUCCAUGCUAAAAUGUACACAAUUUGAUUAUUUGAUUAAAAAAAAGAAAAUCAAUA